AUGAUGUCGAUAACUCCACGUAGAAACAAUUAUAAUGAGGCCAUCGAAGUAGUAGACGGGGAAAAGGAGGGCUUGGAGGAGAAUCUACUAAAGUUCAAAACAUUUCUUCAGGAGAAGGGGGAGGGAAAGCACGUUCUCGUGGACGAAGUUCCCAUCACUCUAGGAUUCCAGGAAAACAUCACUUCAGAAGCCCUGUCCAAACACUGGGAAUGGGUCAAGUAUAUGAUUGGUGGUCCUCCUCCAAUAAAGUCCAUCACCAUCUCCUUCCGCCCUAAUGACCCGUCCUACGCAAGAGAUUUCCCGCUUGAAGAUGUGAGGCCGGGUCGAUUCAAUGUUACCGUCUUAGAAAGCGUGAAAAGAAAUAGCAGAAAAGUGGCUGAGUUGUUCCUCGCCAUUGGAAAUUACUCUCGCCGGAUCUUCAUUUCCCAGGAAAAGACUAUCCCAUUACGUAUGAAACAGUCAGGCAAUGGAUUCCUUCCGGCCCUUUCUCCCAUUCCUUCUUGCUCCUCCAUUCAUCCUAGCGAAUGCAGAAACGAAAAGAUCUGUGAGGUCGUGAGGGCGUUUCACAUCAUUCACGGCAUAUACGAGGAACAAUCAAAGUCAUCAGAAAAGAUACCACUUUUCGUCGUCGUCGAUCACGAGAGGAGAAGGAAUGCUCUUGUAAACAUAUUCGCUUCCCUCGACCCAUCCCUUCCACUCAUUUUUCUCAGUGAUCGGAAAUACCAAUUUCACGGAAGCGAGUCCGCAAAAAACUCGAUCCCCAUCGUUGUCGUCACCGAGAGUGAAUUUAUCGGCUGCCAUCCGAAAAACAUGAUAGUCGUAGUGGAUUUCGCUCAGUCAGAAUGGAAGAACUACGCUCGAUUGGCAGCCACGACGGGAGAAAACAAGAUCAUCGUGUUCGAAGAAGAACAACUGAGGACAGGGAAGUUUUUCCGUCUGACAAAGGAAGUCCCAGGCAUUGUAGAGAGAAGCUUCGAUGAAGGUUUCAAGUCGGAUCUCAAGGUCAGGCUGGAAAAGGCCUGGCAAGAGUGCGAUGCAGAGAAAAUUGAGUGUAUGGAAGAAAAGGCUUUCCCUCUUGCGUCCUUCCCCGGGAUGACUUUAGAUUGGGGUGGCAGGGAAAAAGAGGAGGAAAGCGAUGUAGAAUUAAUGCUUAAACAUGGGCUAAGUAUAAUAUUUGGUCCCGCUGCCUCCGGAAAGUCAAGGAGACUCAACAUGUUGAUUAAACGAGUGACAGAAAAGGGAGAUCAGGUUUUCCUAAUUCACCAAGGAAGUAUUUUGUCCCUGGAAGAAUACCAACGGCGUUGGUCAGCGAAAGAAAAUGUGGAAUUUGAAGAGCGCUCCAUCACGAUCAAUUCUCUCGGGAACAUCAUUCGCCGAGUAGAAAUGUAUCAGAAGAGGAAGGAGGAAGAAAAGGAAAAAGAGGAGGAGGGAAAAAAGGGAGAGGAAGAGGGAAAGGAAGAAGAGUCGAUAAUUUGGAAGAAGCGAAAAACAAAGGGAUAUGUUAUGGAGGAAAAAAAGCGGGGAAAGAAAGGAGGAGAAAAGCAAGAGGGACGUCUCUUGACCGUGAUAGUUGAAGACUGUCCGUUCCUCAUUGAUCUCCAGGAGACCAGGGCCGCCCAGUGGGGGAAGCAUCGGGGACAAUCUGCUCCGGGCCUCGCGUACCAAGGGGCCCCACACGGGACCCCCUUGGGGUCCCUUGGUAGAAGAGGCUCGUGGGCCUCCAAAGGGCCUCAAGGGGGCUCACAAGGGGCCACUGGUUUAGUUUUGCCCUGGGCCCCUGGAAAUCUUUGGGCGCCCUUGCAGGAGACCAUGAUAAGACUGAAAGAGAUGAAAGUGCGCCUGAUACUCAGCAUCAAACCCCAUUCGGCGAAAGCCUCACGUGAAACAGUUCGGAGAACUAUUGAGUUCCUUAAGGAAAACCCGGACAGCACUGCGAUUGAGAUUCAAUCUCAACCGACCAACGUGCUUCUCUUGCAGCAUAUACAAAAAAAUGAGACAGCAAAAGCUUUAAACUUGAGAGUUAAGAGUCUGUCCGUGUUUGCCGUGCCAGCCACCAUUGUGCCUGGCCCACCUGUUAAAUACAUCAGCAUGAAAAAUUACAAAUGCUCGGGGCGGCAUUUGGGAUACCUCUGCAAGGGAGAGAAGUCAUGUAGUGCAAAGGUGGCGGCCGUAUCCGGCCUCUCUCGAGCUAUUUUUCCAAAAACGACUAAUAAUCAGCCGCACGUCCUGGUCUCAGAUAAAGACCUGCUUACGUCCUUGCAAUCCCUGAAGACCCGCUUCGAUGUCCAAGUGAUACACCCAAAGGAAUUCCGUGGAUGUGAGGCUUCGGUUAUCGUCUCUGUGAACGUGAACGACGAAUGGUUGCUAGAAGUUAUAUCCCGGUCCAGGACUCAACUCAUCAUCAUCGAUAUCGACAAUCGUGAGGACCUCUGGCAGACCAUGAUCGAAGAGCAGCGUGUCGAGGUCCAGGAUGAUUUCUCUCCCGAAUACAUCCUACAUUCAUACUCAGAAAUCUUUGUGGGAGAGCCGACAUGGGAUGACUCGGCGAAAAGAAUUGCCGAAGAAGCAGUGAAGAGAGAAACCUGCUUCGACCAGGAAACCGGUAAAAUCAAUUGUCUCUCUGCGAAGACGUGGGAGGUCCUCAACAAAGUUUUACCUUUACCGAAGGAUUCUUCCCCCUUCACUGAUUGGGGUUACGCCUGGAAUGAUUGGCCAGGAGAAGCACUACUGGUUGAACAUCCAACGACAAUCACUGACUUCUUGAAAAUGAAUGGGGUGCAGUGGGAGACAAAGAAGUGGCCUCCAGUGCCCCUGAAGACUCAGAGUAGCCGGUUAGGGAUCCUGGAAUCUCUCUCGCUCGCUCUCACAGGGUCACUCCUGCAUCUUCCUCUUCUCAAGAGGAUUCUUGGGGAGGAGGAUCCUCAGGACCCUCUUCCACUUAUCCAGAAAGGAGCGGACAUCCUCAAAAGACCAAUUGUCCUCAUGGGGAAAAAAUUAUCAGACACAACUUCUCGAAUGGGUCCACCAGAACUUCUCAAACUCAUGAAAUUGCAGUUGAGCAGUGAGGAGUUGAUGGACAGCCUUAGGCACGUGGCUGUACACCCUGUAUUUCAAUAUCCCUAA